CCUUUCUAGGCAAGAUCAAAUCUUUUUUAACAGCCAUACAUAUUUAUCCACUUACACAUUUAAAUAAUAUUUUGAACAAAAUAAGAGAGAAAAGUAAAAAAAUUUACAGUAAAAAAGACAUGUGUAUAUAAGGGAACUUCACCCUCGUCCAAAUGAAGUGCUGUACAAACUACAAUUAAGUUGUGUAGAAAGGCGGUUCAUUAGUUUCCUUGUUCAGAACAUCCGUUACUUCCAAUCUUAAUUUACUACUGCAGCGCAAAUUAAGGAUUAAUUUUAAGGUAUUGAGUGAAAAUGGCAUUGGGAAAGAAAUGUGAAAGUUAUGGGUCGGGUCUAGUGAGAAGUACCUCAUUUGGGAGGAAAAGAAUUACAGUGGAUGUUGAUUUCAGUCCAAUAACAACACCUAUGAAGAAAGUAUGUAGUCACAAUUCAUUUUUCUUUUGUGAUGACAAGUCUCCUCUUGAAGCCUUGCCUCAAGAUAUUCUGAUAAGGAUAGUAUGUGGAGUUGAUCAUGAUGAUUUAAAGAGGCUUUUUCAUGUAUCAAGGACAAUUAGAGAAGCUACUGUGAUAGCAAAAAGGUGGCAUUUUGAGUAUGCAACACCAAGAAAGACGCUUGGUUUCAAGAAUGCAAUUGAGGAUUUGGGUGAAUUCAAUGAUGUUGAAGCGCCAAAUGCUCCGAGGCAAUUGAAAAUUCGGAAGUUAAAAUUAAGCAGAGAGAAACUGGCUGACAUUUCAGUUGCAUUGUUUGCAUCAGAAGAAGAAGAAGAUGAUAAUUGGCUGCAGAAGAAGUCAUAUGAGAUGGAUGCUGAGCCAGACAUCAGAGUUUUUGUGUAAACUAUUGUUCUUGUAGGAACCUUAGGUUUUUGGGUUAGACCUGAUUAUAUUAAUAAUCAGAUUUUAGUCUCUAGUGUACGUCAGAAAAAUCUUUACAAGUGCUAGUUCUUCAAUCCUUUCAUUGAAGAUGGAUAUUGGGCUUGUUUGUAUUUAUUUGUACAUUUAGAGAAUGAGAGAGGUAGAUGAUUUAGGGGAUUCUGAUUUCAUAAGAAUGUUGGUUGUACUUGUACAUAGCAAGGUCAAGCUCUGUUUUGGUACGACUUGGUAAAUUAAAUGAAAAUUAUUUUCCACUUUCACUUA